AUGAGUCUUUCAACAACAAUUACAACUUGGGGAUACACCCAUCAUCCCUUUUCGUACGUUGGAAAUAAAGGCAGAUCCAGAUUUCGCUCUCCAGGAUUCAUGCCUCAUCUGAAGAUGAAAUUCUUCACUAACCCUUCUUCUCUUUCUGUCUCAGCUGUUCUUACAAAGGAGCAAGAAAGCAAGAGCAAGAAACAAGCAAUGGAGUUUAAAGAAUACGUUCUUGAAAAGGCUAUUUCUGUCAACAAGGCUUUGGAAUCUGCAGUCUCUAUCAAGGAACCGGUCAUGAUUCAUGAGUCCAUGAGGUACUCUCUUCUUGCUGGUGGGAAAAGAAUUAGACCCAUGUUGUGUAUAGCUGCUUGUGAACUUGUUGGUGGGGUUGAGUCCACAGCCAUGCCAGCAGCUUGUGCUGUUGAAAUGAUUCACACCAUGUCUUUGAUUCAUGAUGACCUUCCUUGUAUGGAUAAUGAUGAUCUUAGAAGAGGGAAACCUACAAAUCACAAGAUUUAUGGUGAGGAUGUGGCUGUUUUAGCAGGGGAUGCACUUCUUGCAUUAGCCUUUGAGCACAUUGCUACUCAUACAAAAGGGGUUUCUUCUGAUAGAAUUGUGAGGGUGAUUGGUGAGUUGGCUAAGUGUAUUGGGGCAGAGGGACUUGUAGCUGGUCAGGUUGUAGAUAUAAUUUCAGAAGGCAUUUCUGAUGUUGAUUUGAAGCAUUUAGAGUUCAUUCAUCUGCACAAGACUGCAGCUUUGUUAGAAGGGUCAGUGGUGCUAGGGGCUAUAUUAGGAGGUGCACCAGAUGAAGAUGUGGAGAAGCUAAGAAAAUUUGCAAGAUGUAUUGGUUUGUUAUUUCAAGUUGUGGAUGAUAUUCUUGAUGUCACAAAGUCUUCUCAGCAAUUGGGGAAAACAGCUGGGAAGGACUUGGUUGCUGAUAAGGUAACUUAUCCCAAACUGAUAGGUAUUGAGAAAUCUAGGGAGUUUGCUGAGGAGUUAAACAAAGAAGCGAAAGCUCAGCUUGUUGGAUUUGAUCAAGAGAAAGCAGCUCCAUUGUUUGCUCUUGCAAAUUAUAUUGCUUACAGAGAGAAUUAA